AUGUCAUCGCUGAGGCAGCGGCUUCUGCCUGGUUGGAUCUACAAGACGGAAGAAUGCCCGAUAUGCCUGUCCUUCUUCUCCACUGACAUGCCACCCGGCCCGGACCCCCGAACCGGACUGGACCCCAAAUUCAAGCCCGAUCGCCGCUUACUGCAACCAGAGUACCAAAACCGUUGUCACGGCUGCUGGAUAGCCCGCUUCACAAUCUCAUUCUUCAGUCAUGUUCUCGACAACGUAGACUCAAAUGACAUGCGAGAUGCCCUGUUCUACAUCGACGCAGACGUUGACGGCACGAACAUUGUUCUUACCGCAAGGAAAGGAGGGCCAAGAGGCGGUUAUCUACUAUCGAAAUUGCAACUGCUUAAAACAACGCUACCACCGGCCCAAGGUUACAUGCAGUCCUGUCUGCGAUACUUGAUCUCAGUCCUUGACCCCAACGCUUACAACCCGCUGCCGGUGUAUGUAGCCCAUGCCUAUGAGUCUUCACCCAUCGUAGGCCACACAGGGUCUCCAGAUACUUUCAAAAAGAUUUUUACGUGGUUCGAGGAAUGUGUCGCGCAGCAUCCGGACUGUGGCAGUGGACUCAGCAUACACCCGAUGCCAACUCGUCUGAUUGAUAUCUCAGACAAAGGCAAUAUGCGAUUGGUUGAACAUGUCACCACAAGAAGCCACUACAUCGCGCUCAGCCACCGAUGGAUAGAAGCUUCCAAGAUGCCGCGAUGUGUGAGCACCAACAUCGAAUCGCUGAAGAAGAAUGUUCCUUGGUCUGCUCUUACCCGGAACUUCCAGGACGCCAUCAUAUUCAUCAAAGACUUUGCCUCAUGGUAUGCGAAAGACCACCCAGAAGAAGAACCCAUUCGAUACGUCUGGAUCGACAGCCUGUGCAUCAUCCAGGAUAGCGUUGCAGACUGGGACGCAGAGUCAAAGUUGAUGUGUUCUGUCUAUGAGGGUGCACUCCUCACUGUUGCAGCAGCGGCCGGGCCUGAUGGCUGCUUUGCUGAAGCUGACCGCGUCUACAAGGGGUUCGAUGUUACCAAUCCUCAACGCCAAAACCCGAGACUGAUGCUGCGAAAAAGCCUACCGGAUCAUGAGAAUGAGUAUGAGAUGGCUGGGAGGGAACAUGUCAUGCAGCAGAAAGGUCUUCGUACGCCUAGCAGAUUGGAUCUGAUGACAAGAGGAUGGGUGAUGCAAGAAAGACUACUUUCUCGCAGGUUCGUCGUCUUCGCCCCAAACGAAGUCAUGUGGGAGUGCUUCGAAGGCUCCCGAUGCGAAUGCGGCAGACUCUCUGGCAUGACGGGCCAGUUAAAUCUUGAGGGAGAGGAAGGCAACAUGAGUCAGGUUAACCAAAGAUCCUAUCGUUUCCACGACUCUAAGCGGGUAGAGGAUCCGAAUUAUGCACUCCUGCCGAUGCCGCUCAAAAUGGCGUACUAUGCCUCAUUAGACGACAAGGGUGAACAUGCGGCACGGAACCUCCGCAACUGGUGGCGCCGGCUGGUUGAGAGAUACACGACACUAGACCUAACUCAAGAAUCAGACAGGCUGCCCGCGAUAAUGGGUCUCGCAAUCCAAUAUAGCCGCCGGACUGGGCAAGAAAUGAAGGAUUACGUUGCAGGGAUAUGGAGGAAGUCACUUCCCUUAGACUUGCUAUGGCAUACAGAGAAUCCCUCCAGUGAAUCUAUCUCCAAAACUUCGAAGGUCAAGGAAACACCAUCGUGGUCCUGGGCAAGCUGCCGAAGUCAGGUCAGAAUGCCUCGAGAGGGGAGCAUGGAGAAACCGAUAUACUACGCUGAACUGACUUGUGUCAACGAUGGUAUCACUGUCGGUCUGAGAUGUGCUGUUUUCACUGACUUGAGUGAAAGAGCAAGAGACGAAACGUUCCCGAUUACCGUGUUGCAUGACUUUCCUGACAGAGCGGCAAGUCUUGCUCCUUCAAUCUGGGAAGCUGGGGCCGUAUUUGCUCAAGUGCUCAGAGCGGGUGAAGGCGAAGAUACUACUUGGAUGUACCUUCACAUCAAGCCCAUCAAGUCUGUCCAAGGUGGCGUGAUCAAAUACAGCCGGGAUCUUGUUUCAAGUCGGGAAGAACUGAAGAGUUAG